GCUGAAGACUUGUAGUGUAAGCUUCCCCGAAUUCUGUCUGUUGUGUCGCGAUUCCAACGAAUCGCGUAUAACUCCGAACAUAAUAUCUCCCGUUUAUUAAAUUUUCGUCCACGUUUAAAAACAUCAAAGUGCACGAAUUAAAAAUCCUAAUAUAACAUUUGUUAUGCGAAAAUUAUGAUGAAAUAAGCCGUAAUCGAAUGGUGACGUUUAACAGCAAAAAAAAUUAAGGUGACCUUGCAAAAUAAAAUAGUAAUAAAAUCGAAAAAUAAAGAUUUAAGUAUCUAAUUUAUCGGAGAGAGAAAAUAGACUCUAUACGUGAAGAAAAUUAUCACGAAAGUCAAACAUCUUCAUUUUGAUCUAACGUCAAAAGAAGUAGCACCAUGGAUCUCGGUGGUGUGGACGUUUGGGGUCAGAUUGCUUUGGAAACGUCUCAGAUGUACGUUUCUGAAGGCGGCGCCGCUAAAAGUCGUACUACGAUAGAAAAAUUACCGGACAAAGUUCUUCUGAAUGUCUUUUGCUACCUUUCGCACCGCGAGAUAUGCAGAGUUGCUCGAGUUUGCAAACGCUGGCGACAAAUCGCUUAUGAUACACGUCUCUGGAAGCAUGUGUCACUAAGACCAGAAGUAAGUGGGCUCCAUGUGAGCUCCCUAGAAAAUUUGUUACAUUUAGUCAGCGUACGCUUUGGACCUACGUUGAGGUAUAUCGAAUUACCGAUCGAAUUGAUCACUCAUACGGUUCUUCAUGAAUUAGCUAAUAAGUGUCCAAAUCUAACACAUAUGUUGCUGGACUUUUCGACUGCGAUGCAACUGCAUGACUUCUCGGAAAUGCAAGCGUUUCCUACGAAAUUGAAAUACAUGUGUAUAUGCCUUUCCGAAGUUAUAUUCAUGGAAGGCUUCAUGCGAAAGAUUUAUAAUUUCAUUAAUGGCCUGGAAAUACUUCAUUUAAUUGGGACAUAUGAAAAAGUCGAAGAAGAAGAAGAAGAGAUUUACGAGGUGAUCAAUGUACAUAAACUAAAGUCGGCGACGCCAAAUUUAAGAGUAAUCAAUUUAUACGGAAUUAACUUCGUGGAUGAUUCGCAUAUCGACGCUUUUUCGUCUAAUUGUAUUCAAUUAGAAUGCUUAGCGGUAAAUUAUUGUUCCAAAGUGACUGGUUCAACCAUGAAAACUCUUUUCCAAAGGAGUAGAAGACUAACGUGUCUUCUUAUGCAAGGAACAAAUCUGCAGAGCGAAUAUGUGAUGCAAGUCGAAUGGGAAAAGUCGAGCAUUCAGGAGCUCGACAUUACUGCUACAGAUCUAUCGACGGAAUGCCUGAUUGACAUGUUGAGCAGAAUCCCCGGACUGCGUUUUCUGAGCGCCGGUCAAUUAAACAAUUUUAACGAUAACGUGCUGAAGGCCUGGACCGAGCUUGGAAUUACGCGGAACUUGAUAGCACUGGACUUAGAUAGAUCCGAUAAUUUGAGCGACGACGCCUUGCACAAGUUUCUGUCGAGGCACGGCCAUCAGCUGUACGGCCUCGCGCUGUCAGGCAUGCCACACAUUACUGAUCAACUUUGGCAAAGUGUAUUACCAAUUCUCACUAAUGCAAAAAUACUUGUGAUGGGCACUCAAGAGAGACUGGGCGUCAACAUUCACGUGGAUCAAUUAAUGGACGGAAUCGCUAAUAAUUGUCCUAAUUUGGAGCGUUUGGAGUUGCGAUGGGAUCCGGAAAACUUACGGUUUUCGGACAAAAGUCAAAAAGCCAUUGAUGUACUACGUGUGAAGUGUAUCAAGAUGAAAUGUUUAAGCCUCAGUGACGGAAGAUACUAUGAAAUCGUCAAAGCAAAUUUCGAGCGAGCCGAUCGACUUACAGUUGUGAGAACCAUUACGUGUUGCAGAGUAUCGAAUUACUAUCUUUUGCAAAAUUAUAAGGAUCUAAUUUUUAAUUAAGGCACGUUGACAAUAGGUUUUCAGGUUGUUUUGUGAAGGUUAUCGCGACUCUGUGACACGGAAAAGUGCUUAAAAAUAAAGCGACAAAAUAAUAUAUUUAUACAAAAUACGAUAUUUUCAUUACGCCAGUAUUAGUGUAUAGAUUAGUUAAUAAGAAAACAAGAUUGUAUCAUACAACAAAUUGUAAUUUAAUAU